UUCAAUCCUCGGACUUCUCACAUCUCCCAAGGUACUCUCUCUCUCUCUCUCUCUCUCUCUCUCUCUCUCACACACACACACACACACACACUCACACUCACGUACUCAUCUAUGUGCAUAUACACGUUUUGAUUUGUUGUGUAUGUACGCAUUGAUCUAUGCGCAGAUGCGAAUUAGGUCACUGAGAUGUGUAAUUGUUGCCACAUUGUCGUUUUUAUCGAUAAUGGAAAGGACAGUUGGGAUUAGGUUUGUGAUUGACAGAGAAGAGUGCUUCUCUCACAAUGCUCAAUACGAAGGCGACACCGUUCACGUUUCUUUCGUCGUGAUCAAGACUGACACGCCGUGGCAUUACGGCGAUGAGGGCGUUGAUCUGGUGAUAAAUGGUCCUUCUGGCGAGCAACUUCAUGAUGUCCAUGACAAGAUUAGCGAAAAGUACGAGUUUGUGGUUCGAAAUAGUGGCAUCCACCACUUCUGUUUCAAUAACAAAUCCCCUUAUCAUGAAACCAUAGACUUUGACAUACAUGUUGGCCACUUUACAUACUUGGAUCAGCACGCUAAGGAUGAGCAUUUCAAGCCCGUGUUGGAACAGAUCUUGAAGUUAGAGGAGGCUCUUUACAACAUCCAGUUUGAGCAGCAUUGGUUAGAAGCUCAAACUGAUCGGCAGGCAAUAGUGGACGAAGGGAUGAGUCGAAAAGCAAUCUACAAAGCAAUGUUUGAAUCAGCAGCACUAAUCUGUGCCAGUGUCCUCCAAGUCCAUCUCCUUCAACACCUGUUUGAACGAAAGCUUAGGACAUCCAGAGUGUAGGCUUUUCGGAUCCUUUUCAGGUACUUCUCACUUCAGGCAUUUGUUUCCUCCCUCAAUACUGCCGCUGCACAUAUUAGCUUAGAAGCCAUCACGGCUCUGGUUCUGUUGGGAAUUUGUCAACUUGCCCAACAUAUGCUUAUAGGUUCAUCAUUAUGUGAUCGUGUAGGUAAUUGAUUCUUAGUGAGCAUAACUAGUCUGUAUUUUCACGACAUUCGUUUUAUCUAUCUUGAAUGAAAAUUAGAUUAAUUGUGAAAAGUUGAAUGCAAUAAGUCUACUUUUCCCGGCA